GUGUUGAAGUACUGUGACGAGUACGAUUAUAAAGAAGCGGCAGAAAAAGAGUUUGAUGAGGAAUAUGGAUUUACACUCAGCAUUAGGGAACACAGGGAAGAUUUCUGUGAGGAGCCGAAAACCAAAAUGACAGAUGUAAAGAAAAAAACGCUUUUAAGAGACGUUCUUCCUGCUGCUCUCAAACUACACAGUGAACGUCUGAAUGUUGAUCCUGUGAAGGAUAUGUUGAAGUUGCCUUUUAAGGAGGAGUAUCCAUAUUUACCCAACUGUACAAAUGCUUCAAUUCCCAAGGACCAUCGAAAAAAAGGUAUAUCCAACGCUGAUUUCAUGCUCUAUGUGGGUCUCACAGAGAAGUAUGUACCUGUGCAGAUUUGCAGUAAGAAUGAAAAGGAUCGCCCUACAUCUGCUUUGAUUAAAUUUGUUCCUGAGGAAAUUGAUGAUACGAGGCAUUUUAUUCGUUUUGCUGCACAUGAGGUUGCACAUGCUCUUGGAUUUGAUAUUGAAACGAUAAAGAACUAUAUUAAUGUCACUGUAGAAGAAAAAGAAACAGGCAAGAAGAUAGUCCGUUUGGUGAAGGCACCCAUCGUUCUUGACAAGAUGAAAGGACAUUACGGUUGCUCUGAUGAUGAUAAGUGUGAUGAAGUGAUAAAGAAAGUGGCUUUUGAGAAUGAACCCGGUAAAGAUGCACCGUUACACUGGGAACGUCGAAUUGCGAAGGAUGAGUUGAUGAGUACCUAUUCCCCUGACCUUGACGUUACUGGGGCGUACUAUACAGCACUGACACUUGCUGUAUUUCAUUCCAUGCCAUUCUACAGAGCAAAUUUUGAAAUGGCAGAAAAUAUGAGUUGGGGUAAGGUUGCUGGUUGUGAUUUUCUGGAGGGUAAAGAUAAAGACAUAAUAAUAACGGAAAGACCAAUACCCGAAAAGUACUCCGAAAUGUUCUGCAAUGAAAUGGAGGCGGUGCUGGAAUGCACUUCUGACCGUUUUGCACUUGGGAGGUGUACAAAGCUGAAUGGGAUAGAAGCUGCGAAAAAGUAUUCCCCUGUGUAUUUGCAGUUUUCGCCAGAAACUGAUACCACUGAUUCUAAGAAUGACCUGACGGAUGGUUAUCCUAUUAUCAAACCGAUUCAUAUGACAAGUUGUGAGAAUGGUAAUGUAGAGUACAUGCCUGGUAGUGUCGUGGGGAAUAUGUCACGAUGUCUGAAAGGU